UUGGUUUGAAACUCCGCCCACGGCUGCUUAACAAGCCUGGCCCCGCGCUGUCAGCCCCAGUGAUACGCACUGCCCCAUGUCCCAGUGGACGCAGCUCUCUCUGACCACUGACAACUGCAGACGACCUGCGCCAGCAAACGGAGACAGGGAGCAUCUUUUUAUUUUUGAAAGAAGUCUGAGGAUAAAACACAGGCUCCCUGCGCCGCAAGCUCCACUCCAUGGUGAGGAUAGUGGAAGAAUAAAACCUCAGAAGAAAAAAAAACAAAAACAAACAAACGUGACACCGGACACAGUGAAGAUCCUCUCGGGGACUGUUCGUUUUUCAGAGAUCCGUGUCAUCCCUCUGGAUUUUCACUGACUGAGCGGAUAAAAGCCGCGCAGAUGGACGUGGCGGCGGACCAGCCCCGCUGGAUGCAUCACCACGCCGUGCUCAACGGCCAGCACCCAGACUCGCACCAUCCCGGCCUGGGGCACAACUACAUGGAGCCCACGGCGCAGCUCCUGCCUCCCGACGAGGUGGACGUCUUCUUCAAUCACCUGGACUCGCAGGGGAACCCGUACUACCACAACCCUGCCCGGGCCAGAGUGUCCUACAGCCAAGCGCACGCGCGUCUGACGGGGAGUCAGGUCUGCCGGCCUCAUCUCCUGCACAGUCCGGGGAUCCCGUGGCUGGACGGUGGGAAGGCAGCCCUGUCCGCUCACCACCACAACCCCUGGGCCGUCAGCCCCUUCAGCAAGCCCAGCCUGCACCACCCGGGCUCGGCCUCCCCCGGGGCUCUCUCCGGCGUCUACCAGUGCGGCGGCAGCAACAGCUCCAACCCGGUCUCCGCGUCCCUGACGCCGCCUUCCCACUCCGGCUCCCACCUGUACACCUUCCCCCCCACGCCGCCCAAAGACGCGUCCCCGGACCCGGGCGCGGCGUCCCCGUCCUCCUCCGCCACCAGAAUGGACGACAAGGAAUCUAUCAAAUACCAAGUGUCGCUAUCGGAAGGGAUGAAGAUGGAGGGGUCCAGUCCCCUGAGGAGCAGCCUGGCCUCGAUGGGCGCGCAGACCCCGUCGGCCCACCACCCCAUCCCGACCUACGCGCCCUACUCCCUCCCGGUGACGCACGACUACGGCGGCAGUCCCUUCCAGCCGGGCAGCCUGCUGGGGCUGUCCUUCUCCUCCAAGAACAAAGGCAAGACGCGGUCCUGCACCGAGGGCCGUGAGUGUGUGAACUGUGGUGCCACCUCGACGCCUCUGUGGAGACGGGACAGCACUGGACACUACCUCUGCAACGCCUGUGGCCUGUACCACAAGAUGAACGGCCAGAACAGACCACUCAUCAAGCCCAAACGCAGGCUGUCUGCUGCCAGACGAGCUGGCACCUGUUGUGCGAACUGUCAGACUACCACCACCACACUCUGGAGGCGCAAUGCAAAUGGGGACCCUGUGUGCAACGCCUGCGGCCUCUACUAUAAACUGCACAACGUCAACCGGCCUCUUACCAUGAAAAAGGAGGGAAUACAGACACGCAACAGGAAGAUGUCCAACAAAUCCAAGAAGAGCAAGCGGUGCAGCGAUAGCUACGAAGAGUUUUCCAAAAGUCUGCAUGACAAGGGCUCUCCCUUCAGCGCCGCCUCGCUGGCCGGUCACAUGUCCAUGGGUCACUUGCCGCCCUUCAGCCACGCCGGACACAUGCUCCCCACACCCACGCCGAUACACCCGUCAUUCGGCCACCCGCACCAUUCUAACAUGGUGACGGCGAUGGGCUGAAAAGGAGACGAGUUGGAGAGGAGGCAUAGAUUCAAAGGUCCUUAGAUGAUUGUAUGAAAGGGAUUGAAGGUCUAAGCCAAGGACAGUGUGUACAGUGUUACGGGCAUGCAGCAUGCGUGUCUUCAUCUUGAUUGUCUCUUGAUUGAUUAUGCCUGCGGUGGGUUGUGGGAAGAACGGACAUUUUACUACUUAUCCAUAGGUACCAAAUUUGACGGCAUAACAUUGGGUUUCCUGUUAACCAGGCAUUAAAAGAAAGAAAAAAGUAUUUUCACCUCCCAGUUUCACUGCACUGACAGUGUGGGUGAACUAAACGCGCUUAUGGUCACUGUAAAUACUGUAAAUGUGUGAGAGUGGAAGUGGACUGUCCCACAGAAAAAUGCCCGUCACUACUAAAAAUAUGCUGGGUUUUUUGCUCCUGGACAAUUUUAAAGCAAUUUUCCACAGGGGGAAAAAAAAGCAAAGAAAGGUUUAUGAAUUCUUAUUUGACACUGUUUAUUAUAAUUAUUGUUAUUAUAAUUAAUAUUGUUAUUCAGAUAAUUUAUUUUCACAAUUGUUUUUUUCUUUGAUGAUAUUACCUGAUUCAUAAUAUGGAUGCUGUUAUCCCAGUUAUGAAUAUAUUUUUAGCUGAAUCGCUUUGUCUGAGCUGGUCAACAUUUAUACUCUAAUGAAAUAAAGAGAUCAAGUUCAAUAUCC